CGGCGGCCAGGCGCAGAGCGCUCAGCGCGGCGCAGGGAGCGGAGCGGCCGAGCCCAGCCACUUCGGGCCUCUUCCCACCGCCUCCUUGGUGCCGUGCCUCGCCCUCCCGGGGUGGCCCUGUCACUGUGAAGGUUCACCAUGUCUGACAGGAAGGCUGUGAUCAAGAAUGCAGACAUGUCCGAGGACAUGCAGCAGGACGCCGUAGACUGUGCCACACAGGCGAUGGAGAAGUACAACAUAGAAAAGGACAUUGCAGCCUAUAUCAAGAAGGAAUUUGACAAGAAGUACAACCCCACUUGGCACUGCAUUGUUGGCAGAAACUUUGGCAGCUAUGUAACACACGAGACAAAGCACUUCAUCUAUUUUUACUUGGGUCAGGUUGCAAUUCUGCUCUUCAAGUCCGGGUAGGAGGCAGGAGCGAGCGAGGCUGGGACUGUACUGCACUGAUGGCCGAGGCCAGGCCUCCCUGUCCCGGGGCUGUGCCGCUGCAUGGACUGUAUCCUCUAUUUAAUGUGUAUAUGUUGCAGUAAAACACAACCUACUCUCUUUAGUUGCCUGGGAAGAAGGCAGAGUUUUUGUUACUGCUUUUUUUUUUUUUGGUUGUAUUGCACUAGGAAACAAAAAAAACCAACCUGUAAAUGCUUAAACAAUGGCCUUUACCUGGGAAGAAAUAAAACUAUUCCACAACAGCUCCCUGGGUGGUAACUCCUUCUUUGAGGCUGGGAACCCUCCUCUGGGCAGGCCAGGAGACCACACCUUCCCUGCUGAGUUCUGCUAGACUGUUACACCAGGAGCAAAGCCAGUGUGAGCUGCUGCCUGCCCUGCCCACUGUCGAGAGCUGGCUCUCCCAGUAACCCCAGCACGGGGCUUAGACCCUCCCUGAGAGCUGCUGGGGUGGCUCUGCAUUCAGGUGGCUUUCACCCCCCCAGCUGAACUCCACCUUGGACUGUGACAAGCAGCCUUGCAGCUGGCAGCCUUGCAGCUGGCAGCCUCGCAGCGCCCGGCGCUGCCUCCUGGCUCUACUGAAACGCUGACCCAGACUGUAAGCGACUGGGCCUGGUCUAGAAGACUUCAACACCCCCCCCUCCCCUCUCCCCUGAGCUGCUUUGCUUGCUGCAGACAGCAGCAUUCUGUGGCUGAAGUCUUCAGACCUUGCUGCUGAGCUCUGAAGCCAGGUGGCCUGCCCCUGGAGGGAGCAGGGC